ACACUUGGAAAGUAAUUCGUCGCAGACGGCCAAGUAACGAAUCUUUGUCCACGCAAUCAGAGUGUUCCGUUAGUUCUGAUAGAGUUGCAGGGAAAAAUAUAUUUGACGAAUUUCAGCGCAUCGAAUGUUCGUGUGGACAGCAAGCGAAAAUUGAAGAUAUCCAAAAACGUUUGGAAUCGUUUACUAAUACUAAUCAACGUCUUCGAGAAAAAUACAAGAAUGCGCUGAAAAGGUGCAUGAAAUUGUCAGAUGCUCUUAGCAGCAAGUUGCUUAACCCAACAAACAAAUCAGUUUUUACCGAAGUUCCAGGAUUUGUUGGAAGUGAUCAGUUGGAGAAAUUCUCUACCGCUGGAUAUAAGAGUGACUACGUUUUUAUAAAACUUCUCAUGCUCGAAGUUUGGCCAGAUGGUCUGAGCGGUCGCUCUGUAACGGGGCGCAUGUCAAAUAAUCCGCUAGGUAGAGGUCUUCAUACGUCUUUAGCUAGCUCACAGCAGGAUCGCUUUUCAAUCAAGACUGCGUUGGAGCCGGAAAAAGUUGAAUAUAUUGCAGGACGAUUAUAUGAACAUAGGCUGAAUAUGGGCGAUUCUCCAGCCGUAGCAAGAAUAAAUGCAGAAGAAUGUAAUCGAUUGAUGUCACGUGUGAUUUCCUAUCACGGAAAGCAAGUGACAAGCGGUCAUCACUGAAGAUUAAUGUUUUGGAAAUGUCGUGGAUAACAAUGAUCAUCUUUGACAAUCAUUUUAUUCAUUUUUCUUUACUUAAAUUUGUU